CGCGCUCAGUGGUCUCCAAUCCUGCAGGAGGACUGGAAAAUGGCGCAUUGUUGUUGCAAGGUAAUCGCGUUAGUUAGCCUAGCACAUCGAUCGAUAAUGUAACUUUUGAUUAUUUUAUAACAAAUAUUUACAAUUUGCGUGCAUGGUACGAGUUCAAUCGCUAGCUAGCAUUAGCUUCUAUCACAACAACACAGAUUCUUUGUUUUCGCACAAGCGAUCUGAUCAUAAUGGGUUAUUUGAAGCUAAUAGAGAUCGAAAACUUCAAAUCUUACAAGGGCCGACAAAUCAUCGGCCCAUUUCACAAGUUCACUGCGAUAAUUGGGCCCAAUGGAUCCGGCAAGUCCAACCUCAUGGACGCCAUCAGCUUUGUGCUGGCUGAGAAGACCAGUAACCUGCGUGUGAAGACUCUGAAGGACCUGAUCCACGGAGCUCCCGUGGGGAAACCAGCAGCCAACAGAGCGUUUGUGAGCAUGGUGUACCAUGAGGACAGUGGAGAAGAGCGCACCUUCACUAGAAUCAUCAUUGGCUCGUCGUCAGAGUACCGAAUCAACAGUAAGGUGGUGAAUCUGGCAGAGUACAGCGAGGAGCUGGAGAAACUAGGCAUCCUCAUCAAGGCCAGGAACUUCCUCGUCUUCCAGGGUGCUGUGGAGUCCAUAGCCAUGAAGAACCCUAAGGAGCGUACGGCUCUGUUUGAGGAGAUCUCCCGGUCUGGGGAGUUGGCUCAGGAGUACGACCGCAGGAAGAAGGAGAUGGUGACGGCUGAGGAGGACACACAGUUCAACUACCACCGCAAGAAAAACAUCGCUGCGGAACGCAAAGAGGCCAAGCAGGAGAAAGAGGAGGCUGAGCGUUACCAGCGUCUGAAGGACGAGGUGGUGAAAGCCCACGUCCAGAUGCAGCUGUUCAAACUGUAUCACAAUGAUGCUGAGAUCGAGAAGCUGAACCGCGAUCUGUCGCAACACAACAAGGGCAUUGACAAGGACCGCAAGAAGAUGGACCACGUGGAGGAGGAACUGAAGGAGAAGAAGAAAGAGCUGGGGAGGAUGAUGAGAGACCAACAGACUGUGGAGAAAGAGAUCAAGGAGAAGGACGCUGAGCUGAACCAAAAGCGACCCCAGUACAUCAAGGCCAAAGAAAACACCUCCCACAAGAUCAAAAAACUAGAAGCAGCCAAGAAGUCCCUCCAGAACGCCCAGAAGCUGUACAAGAAGAGGAAGGGGGACAUGGAUGAGUUGGAGAAAGAACAGGGAGCCGUGGAGAUGGCCCGGCAGGAGUUCGACGACCGAAUGGAGGAGGAGGCCCAGAGUCAGGGACAGGACCUCACACUGGAGGAAAAUCAGGUGAAGGUGUACCACCGUCUGAAGGAGGAGGCCAGUAAGCGGGCGGCCACUCUUGCCCAGGAGCUGGAGAAGUUCAACAGAGACCAGAAGGCAGAUCAGGAUCGCCUCGACCUGGAAGAGAGGAAGAAAGUGGAGACUGAGGCAAAGAUCAAGCAGAAGAUCCGUGAGAUAGAGGAGAACCAGAAGCGUAUUGAGAAGCUGGAGGACUACAUUACCACCAGCAAGCAGUCUCUGGAUGAACAGAAGAGAAUGGAGGAGGAGUUGACUGAGCAGGUGGAGGGGGCAAAGAACAGGAUCGACGAGAUCAACCUAGAACUCAAUCAGGUGAUGGAGCAGCUAGGAGACGCCAGGAUCGACAGACAGGAGAACAGCAGGCAGGCACGCAAAGCAGAGAUCAUGGACAGCAUCAAGAGACUGUACCCCGGAUCUGUGUACGGCCGUCUGAUCGACCUGUGUCAGCCCACUCAGAAGAAGUUUCAGAUCGCUGUGACCAAGGUGCUGGGCAAGAACAUGGACGCCAUUAUCGUGGACUCGGAGAAGACCGGUAGAGACUGUAUCCAGUACAUCAAAGAGCAGAGAGGAGAGCCGGAGACCUUCCUACCACUCGACUAUCUGGAGGUGAAGCCUACAGAUGAGAAGCUGCGUGAGCUGCGUGGAGCCAAGCUGGUGAUCGAUGUGAUCCGCUACGAGCCGCCUCACAUUAAGAAGGCCCUGCAGUACGCCUGUGGUAACGCACUGAUCUGUGAGAACGUAGAGGACGCUCGACGCAUCGCCUUCGGAGGGCCCUACAGACACAAGACGGUGGCCCUGGACGGUACACUUUUCCAGAAGUCUGGUGUGAUCUCGGGUGGAGCCAGUGAUCUGAAGGCUAAGGCCAGGCGCUGGGAUGAGAAGGCUGUGGACAAACUCAAGGACAAGAAGGAGAAACUCACUGAGGAACUCAAGGAGCAAAUGAAGGCUAAGAGGAAGGAGGCAGAGCUGCGUCAGGUCCAGUCUCAGGCCCACGGCCUCCAGAUGAGACUAAAAUACUCCCAGAGUGACCUGGAACAGACCAAGACCCGCCACCUCUCCCUCAACAUGCAGGAGAAGUCUAAGCUGGAGAGUGAGCUGGCUAACUUCUGCCCUCGCAUCAACGACAUCAAGAGGAUCAUCCAAUCCCGUGAGAAGGAGGUCAAUGAUCUGAGAGACCGUAUGAACGUUGUGGAAGACGAAGUGUUCAUCGAGUUCUGUAAGGAGAUCGGAGUCAGGAACAUCAGAGAGUUCGAGGAGGAGAAGGUCAAGAGGCAGAACGAGAUCGCAAAGAAACGGCUGGAGUUUGAGACCCAGAAGACUCGUUUGGGCAUCCAGCUGGACUAUGAGAAGAACCAGCUGAAGGAGGACCAAGAGAAGGUCAUGAUGUGGGAGCAGACCGUCAAGAAGGACGAGGCCGAGAUAGAGAGACUCAAGAAGGAGGAGCACCGCCACAUGAAGACCAUAGAUGAGACCAUGGCCCAGCUGCAGGACCUGAAGAACCAGCACCUCACCAAGAAGUCAGAGGUCAACGACAAGAACCACCAGAUGGAGGAGAUACGUAAGAAACUGGGAGGAGCCAACAAGGAGCUGACCCAGCUGCAGAAAGAGGUGACGGCCAUCGAGACCAAGCUGGAGCAGAAACGCAGCGACCGCCACAACCUGCUGCAGGCCUGUAAGAUGCAGGACAUCAGACUGCCGCUAUGCUCUGGGACCAUGGACGACAUCGGCCAGGGAGAGGGGAGCUCCCAGCAGGAGGAGUCUAGCAGCAGUCAGAGAACGUCCAGUACUGUCCUGGCUAAAGAGGCUCUCAUAGAGAUAGACUACAGCAUCCUGUCUGAAGACCUCAAGGACGCGCUGGCGGAGGAUGAGAUCAAAGGAGAGAUGCACACACUGCAGCAGCGGCUCAACGAGCAGCAGUCUAUACUGCAGAGGAUCAGCGCACCCAACAUGAAGGCCAUGGAGAAACUAGAGUCUGUCAGGGACAAGUUCCAGGAGACCAGCGAUGAGUUUGAGGCGGCCCGUAAGAGAGCCAAGAAGGCCAAGCAGGCGUUUGAGCAGAUCAAGAAGGAGAGGUUUGACCGCUUUAACGCCUGUUUUGAGGCUGUAUCCACCAACAUCGAUGAGAUCUACAAAGCCCUGUCACGCAACAGCUCUGCCCAGGCCUUCCUUGGGCCAGAGAACCCUGAGGAGCCUUACCUGGAUGGGAUCAACUAUAACUGUGUGGCCCCUGGAAAGAGGUUCAGACCCAUGGACAACCUGUCUGGAGGGGAGAAGACUGUAGCCGCCCUGGCUCUGCUGUUCGCCAUACACAGCUACAAGCCUGCCCCAUUCUUCGUCCUGGAUGAGAUUGAUGCUGCUCUGGACAACACCAACAUCGGCAAGGUGGCCAACUACAUUAAGGACCAGUCAGUGAAUACUCAGGCUAUAGUGAUCUCUCUGAAGGAAGAGUUCUACACCAAGGCUGACUCGCUCAUCGGGGUCUAUCCAGAGCAAGGAGAUUGCGUCAUCAGCAAAGUACUAACCUUUGACCUGUCUGUGUACCAUGACGCCAACCCCAACCCCAAUGAGUAGAACCCCAACCAGCAGGACAUCACUCGGAGGAGAGGAGCGAAAUUAAACGACAGGCAUACCUUUUAACUCAUUGGCAUUUUGACAUUCUGCUUGGUCAACUGAACCAUGGUUGUAUUCCUUAGGGCAGGCAACUGAAAACGUUUUAAAACAUUUUGUAACUGUUAAGAGAAUUAUGUUCUCAAUGUUCAUAAACCAAUUCAAUCAAACUACUCAGUCUGCUAGAUCAGGAUUUGUAAGAUACUGAUUGAAAUGAAACAGACGGAGGCCCAGCUAAAAUAGUCAAUAAGGUUUAUUCACGGGAAUGUUCUAAAGUCAAGAAUACAAAACAAUUCAUUUUAUACUGGCUUCUUUCUCACUCACACAUUCACACAACCAUACGCACACAUAUUCACACUAACAUUAGCACACAAUGUCCUGCUACGCACACACAUUCACACUAACAGAAGGUAUCCUCUCCCAAAUCUCUAGUCAGGUCGGCGCCGAAUUUUGCUCAGACAGUCUGUGUUUAAAAUACCAUAAAGACAUAAACAUUAGCUAUAUUGUUUUACCCUAAUUCUGACUAGGACUACACAUUUAUUGAUUAUGAUUUUAUACAUUCUAAUCAAUUCCAUACAAUUAUGUUUCAGGGUGGAAUAUUCUAAUCAUUAAAUUAACAGAUAAAUCCCAUUAACAGUAACUGACAAUGGAAAUGAGUGUUUUUUUAAAGUCCAGCUAGUCCCUUGCUGUCUCUGCCCGUUUUAUACCUCUUUAAAAAAAAAACUUGCUGAAAUGUAUGUAUCUGAAAUCCUGGUAAGUACAGCCUGCUUGGGCAUUUUUCAUUUAUUGUGCUACUUUCAUUAUCUGAUUUGUGUUAGAAUUGGAAAAGCCUUAGGUCUCAUUUGAUGUCUGCUUCAUUGCCAGUCGGAUGUCAUCCGAUUCCCCCCCAGUUUAACUAGCUUUGAUCCAAACUGAGUUGCUCUGGUUGUUUCACUUCUUCACGAUGUGGUUCAAUGUCAGCAAUGCCUAUGGUUAUAAUUUCUCUGUCUUUUGCCUAAGAUCAAGUGUAGUAUCAAGUCAGGAAUGGCUACAGUUGGUUUCACCAACAGGAAUGGCACCAAAUAAGAAGUUUUUGUACAAUGUACGACCAUAAAGAAAAACAACCCAAGGAAAUACCUUUGCGGUGUUGAAGAGAAACACUAUAAUACCUUUCUCAGUGUCGGAGAUGGAGAACCUGUCGAGUUUGAGGUGGAUGAAGAGAGCAGACGCACAUUUGGGCCCUGUGUUUUGCGCAAUCAUGUGCCAUAGCAAGAUUUUAUCCUGUAUUUUAAGGGUUAUCUAGAAAUGAGAAUUACACCAAAAAUGAAAGCAAUUGCCUGAGGAUGGUGCUGGACCAUCUGACCUGAAAUAAAAGGGGACAGUUUGAAAAAGCUUUAGAUGAAGGUUAAAAUCCAGGCAUGUCACAUGACUGUGCAAAACACAGGACCCUACUUAUUGAAUACUGUUUAAUGAUCUUUAAAUGCAUCGACUACAUUACAAACUGUCAUGAGAUAAUCAUGGAACUCCAUUAGGGUGACUAAUAUCAUUUUAUCACCUAAAUAGAGGUGACAACUGCUGAACAUCACUUUAAAAUGAUAAUGAAAAGCAAUUAUUACUUUAGUCUUUGCUAAUAAUGUGUUUCUACUGUAGCACGUCUAGGUACAUCUGUUUCUAGCAGAAAGUUCGUAUCCAAUCUUCAUGAAUUGUAUUAUCACUUUUGGACAAUUUAUUUAGGUGUUAAAGUUAUUAGUAGCUGAGUACCAUUGAUUUGGGGAAGUGAUGUCUGCUUUUGAUAGUGGCUUUGAAAGUGUCCCAUGGCAUUUAUUUUGAAUCAGUCCAAGACAUAUGAUGUAACUCCAGUUAUGGGUCAGUCCUGCUUCAGAAAUGUUGUGUAUUCCAUUGACGGUGGAUUGAUUCUUUUCAGUUAAUAAACACAACUAUUUUAGAA